AUGGGAAUGGUGAUGCUGUCCCUGAACUUGCUGCACGACUGUCGGUUCCACAUGCCGCGGUGGCGGGGUUCAGCGUUGGGCGUCAAUUAUGCUACUACAGCCGCUGCUUUCGUCCUUCUGGUCGGGCUCCUGUUCGUCAUAAUUGGCGGUUUGGACUUGAAUGACCACGACGAUCAGCCCUCGGCACUCGUCCUCAAUGAUGUCAUUGUUAUAUUUAUUUUUGUCAUCUCCGUUAUCAAUAUUGUGAUAUCUGCAUUUGGUAUAGAAUACUCAAAUAAUCCGUUGAUAUUGGAACGUCUAAAUUAUAUAAAUAAUGAAUAUUUAAACAAAGGAAAUGUAACGGCGAGCGCGGGAAUCCUGGCGAUUGUAAUGACGUUUUUGGAUGUUGAGAACAGUGAUAAACAAAAGAAGAUCUCGUACACAUUGUAUCACGCUUCGGUUGGUAUGAUGACGGGUGUGGUGUUUUGUGACGUCAUGAAAAUGACCUUCGGCUUGGAUCCCGCGCUCUCCGUGAAGGACUCACUCGGAAACGGGACUUCGAAUUUUUAUGAUUGGUUCUUUAAAGUCAAGGAGUAA